UUAGACUCGUUUUGAUUGCCCUUGGUAUACAGGACUGAAGCCUUCAACUGGGUGGGAGAUCAGCGGCUACACUCGCCUGUAUCCACACCAGUCGGUCAAACAUCUUACUGUACAUUCGCGGUGCUUUCGCCUGUAGUUUGGAAUAUGAAAAAUAUGCUGGACACGAGGAUUUAUGCCGCUCUAUUUUUCUCGCUUUUCUUUCCUAUUGGUGAAAUUUCAGGUACCACGUUUCCCCAGGCAGAAGACGUUAAGUGGCAUUCAUUUGAUUUCAAGACGCUGCUUACAUGGGGUCCAAAACCAACCAACUACUCUUACACUGUUGAAUUCUCUGUCGUGAGUAAAAAUCGGCAAAGGAAUCCACACUGUAUUAGAACCAUGAACACGGAGUGCGACUUGACCAACUUGCUGACUGAAUUGAAGGAGACAUAUUCUGCAGUUGUUCAGUCGGAGGCCUUGCCAGGGGAGACAUCAGACCAGAUAGAGCCCCCCUUCACCAGAUCUGAACGCUUCUGUCCAUACAAAGACACUAAAAUUGGAAAGCCUGAUUUCAAGAUAGUAGUGAGCAAGGAUAAACGCAACAUUACCCUUUACAUACAGGACCCCAUUUCUGCCAUUAAUAAGGAUGGCAGAUUUUUUAACAUGCGGGACAUCUUCACGAAUGAUCUCAAGUACCGAGUGUCAUAUGGCAGAGCCCAAAGCACUGGGAAGAGGACGGAGGACACAGAAGGAAAUACGAUUCAGCUGGAUGUGGACCAAGGCAAAAGCUACUGCUUCAACGUCCGGGCGUACAUCCCUACCCGGGCCCACGGGAACCAGUUUGGGGACCUCAGCCAGACAAAGUGCUCACCGGCCGGGGACGUGCCAUUUUACAAAGAGUACGGCAUAGGAGCGGUGGUGGGCAUCAUCCUGCUCGUCCUCUUCUUGAUCGCCGCCGCUGUGGCACUAGUGGUGUGCUACAGGCGGAGAAGCAGAACCAGGAAUCAGGGAAAAGACGACUGCCUUUGAACAGCACGUCAGAGACACGAGGGGUUGGACGGGGGAGUACGGUAUGACUAAACUGGAUUAGCCCUUUCUAAGGGGGGAGGAAACCUUUCGUUGACGUUGUCAAACACUGGAAUCCUCAGCUGUUUCUGUGAAACACUAUGCAUUAGAUAUGUUACACAUAUACUUUGCGAUUUCUGCAUUGGUGAAAAAUCUUGAAAUUAAUGGUGAUCGGUACUUAUAUGGGAAGCAAAGCAAACUGCUGUGAUUUUAAUUUUUAUACAUGCUACUUGUGCUUAUUUAUUUACUUUCUUUAGAAACACGUGAUUUCUGGGAAUCUUUGUAAUGAAAUUACAGGGGAAAUGACUAUUAGGAGGCUUUUAAGAGAGUUUUUAUAAAUAUUUUAUUGAGUUGAUAUAUUUAUUUUUUCAUCUUUAACAAGGAACUGGUUGUAUAUUAUGUUAUUUCAUUUAGUGUGUAUUUAUGGUUUAAAGGUUUAUGGGAUCAAUAGAUUUUAUUUUGUUAUAUGCAGUAGGAUAUAAUGCUAAUAUAAUAUGCAAGAGUGAAUGUGUAUAUGGUGGUAUUAAUAAUAACUGAUUGUGCCUAAAUGGACUCAAAUUAACUGUUGGAAUAAGUGUUUAUUAAAUUUACUAUUUGUGGUGUCCCACACAAAACAUUGACCAAACAUGCAUUUUUAUGCAGUGCAUUAGUUGAUUUUAUUUGUUGUAUUGCAUAUGUAGUACAUUCGUUUAUUCAUUUUCUGCAUUGGACUGUCCAGUGUGGUCUACGGUACCUUUUUUGUUAGCAAAUAAAUGUUUAUCAUUUUUA